CAACAUCACCAUGCAGCUGCUUUCGGGAUUAGUGAAAACAACCGUACCCAACUAUCUGUCGGGUUUGCCAAUUCCGGACAGUUUCGGUGGAUGGUUCCGGCUAGGUUUUAAGGAUUGGCUUUCGCUGGUGCCCCCAACGGCAGCCGUGGCCGGUGUCGUGUAUAUGUCGUAUUUAGCCUUCUGCCCGGAAGCACGCCCGAAGCCCUCCAAGAAGGCAAACAACAAGAUCCGGCUGGAAGAAGCGAAAGUGGUGGACAUGAUCGAUAUAGAAGAUAUUGCCGAAAAAGCAGCUUUCUGCCGUUGCUGGAAAUCCAACAACUGGCCGUACUGCGAUGGAUCACAUGGUGCUCACAACAAGGAGUGCGGCGACAACCUCGGACCGGUGGUGGUACAGCGAAAGAAGAACUAA